AUGCAUGCCUUGCAUAGUCAGACAUCCUCAGUGGACGAGGAGAGUGCCAAGGAUGUCAAAGAUGUCAAGGAUGCCAACAGUACGAAGGAGCUAUCCACCACCUCCGUCCCAUCGGAACGUCAGACUCGUUGGACACGGAGGAGAAUCAUCUUCUUCGCAGGCCUGGCGUUUUUGGUGUCCGUCCUGGUGGCCCUGAUUGUCGCUCUCCCCAUUGUUCUGCGGCGUCAGCACCGUGGUUUCCAGAGUCCCAUUCCCAAUGACAGUGGUAUUUCAGACGACCCGACCAAUCUCGGUAAUGGUGGUCCCUUGCGGCCGUCCGACCUUGCGCAACCCGUGCUGGCGGUGAAUAACUUUCCCGAUCCUGGGUUGCUCGAGUACAAUGGCACGUGGUAUGCCUUCGGCACGAACCAGAAGGGCCAGAAGCGCGUUCACAUCCCAAUCGCGACGUCGAAAGAUUUCAUCAAGUGGACCCUAAUGGGCGAAGAUGCUCUGCCUGUCGUUGGUCCCUGGGAGCUCGAGAUAAACCAUUGGGCACCAGAUGUCAUCAGAAGAGAUGACGGGAGAUUCGUCUUGUAUUAUUCCGGGCAAGUCAAAGGUUUUGGCACGCAUCAUUGCGUCGGUGUUGCGGUGUCGAAUGGCACCUCUCCACUGGGCCCGUACAAUCCCGAAGACCAGCCCCUGGCUUGUCCGCGGGAAUAUGGCGGUGCCAUUGACCCGUCUCCUUUCAGAGACGUGGAUGGCAAGCUCUACGUCACCUACAAAUCGGAUGGGAACAGUGUCGGGCAUGGGGGAAACUGCAACAACGGCAUCGCGCCGCUGGUCCACACGCCAAUCAUGCUUCAGGAGAUGGAAAAUGACGGUGUCACCCCGGUCGGUGAUCCAAUUGAGAUUCUCGACAUCACUCCGAGCGACGGUCCGCUGGUCGAAGCACCACGCAUUAUUCGGACGAAGGAAGGCAUAUACGUUUUGACCUUUUCGUCGCACUGCGACACCUCCCCGCAGUACGAUGUCAAAUACGCCACAUCCACUUCCGUCAAGGGUCCCUACCAACGUGCCCCGAAACCUCUGCUGCAAACUGGGGACUACAACCUGGUUUCGCCGGGUGGAGCGUCGAUUUCCAGAGACGGGACAAAAAUGGUGUUUCAUGCGAACUGCGGCAUCUAUCGGUGCAUGUAUGCGUCUGCGGUGAAUAUUACUCACACCACUAUCGACUUUAUUGCGCUCUGA